AUGCCCUCAACCCCACCCCCUUCCGAACAAAUCACGCAAAUUUUCCGUAUCAUAUCAGAAGCCCUCUCCUCCCCCUUCUCCUCCUCCACCGACAACGACGGCGAAGAAGAAGAAGAAAAUUUUCUCCCCCACGAAACUUGGAAAUAUCACGGUUUAACAGGUCUACUCGCAUCUGCUACCGCGGCGGAUAUUUCUCGUUAUUUAGCAGAAACAACAGAAACAACAACAACAGCAACAACAACAGGAGGUGGCGGCGGUAGUAGUAAAAGAGAGGUGCCGCAAAAUGUUUUUGAAAGGUAUCCUACGGUGGGAGAGUUUCGGAGAUGGAUUUUUGGGGUGUUAGGAGAGGAAGAUGGAGAAAAUAAAGGAGAGGGGAAGAGGGGGGUUGAAAAUGAGCAAGAACCAGAAAAUCCCUGGGAAGGUAUUCCGAAACCAAAAGUUCCACUGUCGGUGGUUUUGCAGGGAAAAGUCAGCACAGCGAGCAAAAUUGUGUUUUUGUUUCCGGAUGGGAGUGGAGCGGGGACGGCGUAUGGGUCUUUGCCGGAUCUUGGAGGAGGAGAAACAGAAGAAGAUGAAGAAAGAGGAGGAGGAGGAAAAGGAGGAAUCUGUAUAAUCGGACUCAACUCCCCCUUUCUCCGUCAAGCCCAAAAUUUCACCUGUUCCAUCGAACGAAUGACUCGACUGUGGUAUGACGAAGUACGAAAAUUGCAAGCGCAAUCUCAUCAGACUCCAACUCCCACAACAAAAGAAAAAGAAAAACAAAAACAAAAGAUACCAUAUAUCCUCGGAGGCUGGUCAGCAGGAGGAUACUACAGCUACGAAAUGGCCAAACUCCUCACGGGCGCAGGAGAAAUUGUUUCAACAUUAAUUCUCAUCGAUUCUCCAUGUCGAUUGCUCUACGAAGCACUUCCCGUCCAAGUCGUAGAGGAAUUGACGAAAAAAGGGCUCAUGGGUGCGUCCUCUUCUUCUUCUUCUUCUUCGCAACAGAAAAAAGCUGCCCCGGAAUGGCUCGUGCAACAUUUUACUUCUACCGUGCUUUCCGUGCAACGAUACCAACCCGUUGCGAUGCAAGAAUCUCGAGUUCCGGAGAAUGUGUAUUGUAUUUGGGUGGAAGAGGGGUUGGUGGAGACUUCGGUGGAGGAGUCUGGGUUGGAUGUGGAUGUGAAUGUGCGGGUGACGAGGUUUUUGUUGGAAGGGAGACGGGAGAAGAAGUUGGAGAGUGAAGGGUGGGAGAGGCUUUUGCCCGGGGCGGAGUUUGGUUUUGAGUAUAUGACGGGAAAUCAUUUUCAGAUUACACAGGUGCCGCAUUCGCACAGUCUAGGUCGUAUCCUCCGCAAAAUCCUCAAGCAGUAA